AUGUCUGACAGGUUGUAUCUUAGAUCUAUUAGUGAUUAUACUCCCCCAAUACUACAUCUGACUUAUGAGGGUCGGGAGUCAACGGGCGAGAUGGCCACGAGCCCACGGCGCCAGGCAUCACAAGUGUCUGGUGCGGCCAUGGCAGCAGGAGUCCGACCUAAGGAGCCACCACCCAUGGUUGUGCAAGGAGAUUUUAGAAAGGUCAGUGGUAUAUCAACAGAGAUUUUUAGGCAAAUUGAAACAGUAGAAAAUGAUCAUGAUGCAACAACUGCAGCAGCCUUGGAAGCUGUGGAAAGAAGAGGAGAGAUGGUUGUACGGCUUCUCGACCCAAGGCAUUUGGGAAGAGCAGCUGCAGAGGCGGCAAAGAAGUUCUUAGCUUUACAGGAUGCCAAACAUUUUGUCCACCUUGUGGAAAUUGUGAAGCGCCCUGGUCAAACUCUGGGUUUGUACAUCCGAGAGGGUAAUGGGCUUGAACGUUCUGAUGGAGUAUUCAUAUCUCGAAUUGCUCUUGAAUCAGCUGUAUACAACAGUGGAUGCCUCAAAGUUGGUGAUGAAAUUCUAGCUGUCAACAUGGUGGAUGUGACUCGGAUGAGUCUGGAUGAUGUAGUCAUAAUUAUGUCGAUACCUAGGCGGCUGGUGCUUGUGACAAGACAGAGAAAAGCAGGAAAAGGUGGUGUGGUCUCACCACAUCUGCAGCCCCGUUCAGAACAUAAACCACCUCCUGUUGUAGUCAUUAAGAAAGAGUUACGAGAAGAUGAUGAAAUGGAUGAUGCUGAUGAUUCAAGCUCAAGAAGGCAUGGUGGUGAUGGCAGGGAAAUGUUGCCAUCUUCUAGAUCUCGUUUGGGACUUGGCUUAACAGGGUUGGACACAGCUCAAGAUCUGGCACUCGAGAGCAAUGGUGACACAGCAAAUGGACUAGGGUUAGCAGAUCUGUAUUACAAUUCACGGCCUGAGCAUGCAACAGAUCAAACUUCAGCAACUGCCUCUUGGCCAUACCAGCCCCCACCACCACCUGUGAUAACUGAACAACCCAAACCCUCUUCUAUCCCUCAGCAUUUUCAGCCAUAUGACAGGGGUUACCCAAAAACUUUGGAAUCAUUAGCAGAAAAGGUGCAUGCAUUCUAUUCAGGACCCACACAGCCUGCAACUGGCAGUUCACGUCGUUUAUCCCAGCCUUCCCGUUCAUAUUAUGGUGGCCGUAAGGUGAUGCCACGCUCAGGAAGUGAUCAACACUUGCCUCGAGUAGAGUAUGGACUAUCUAGCACACCACACACUCUCUUGCGCUCCAGUCUCAAGGCAGGCACUGCAGGUGCAGCCAGCUCAUACUCAGCCUCCCGUUACCGCAGUGAACAGCCUUUUUCGGCUGGGACACUAACGCGGAGACACCGCCCCUCUCUUGAUUAUGCAUCAGAUACAGAAGCUACUUGCACUUCUUCACCUCGCACUUCCUACUCUUAUUACAGGCAGGGAUUAAGCACUCCUACUACAUCAAGAACACCAACAUUAUCUCGAGCGCACACUGGAACAGCUGUAGUAGGAGGUGCAGUCUCAGCUGCUUUGAGAUCAAACUCACUGCCAAGAGACCAUAGAGGGAGAAGUCAUCACACUGCCCAGCAGGCAAGGCAUCAUGUGGUACACUUUGAAAGGGACUCCAGGGUGGCUCCUUCCAGCACAGGACUGAUUGACCAAGAAGACAGUGAUGGUGCAGUCUCUGCACCAGAAUUACCGGUUACCAGGAAAGAGAGAGGGCGUAUUCCAUCCUCACCCAGUGUGUUCACAGCUGAUGAAUAUCGAGCUUGGUUGCAACGCACACCAUCUACAAGUGCAAUUUAUGAACGUCUCAGGGCAAGCAGAGAUGUUCUACAAGCACAGCGAGCACAAAGGUUCACAUAUAGUGCAGAAAAUUUGUUAGAUAGAACAAGACAGGUGAGAAGAAAGAACACCGAACAUUACAUUGCCGGGUACUUAGUAGGAAAAGAAUUUACAUUUUCUGUUCUGAGUCUGUUAUCCACUUUUCACGAAAAAUAUGACUGUUAUUUUUCACCAGUUUUCCACAGUAUCAAAAUUAAUGCUUUGAGAAGACCACUGUCCCUCCAGGACAGUAACAUAGGGAUGAGUGUAGGAUCUGAGUUGUUGUCAAUGCAGGACUGUGGUGGCAGUGGUGUUACAGAAGUAGCCAAAGCUGGUCGAUCAUUUUCACAAUUAAGAAAGCAAAUGAAUGAUAGGUUUCUAGUAUUAUUAGAAGAGCAGGAGCAUUUUGGAGGCCAAAGGGCAUCCUUAGGUAUUUGUAAUGCCUGGAUGGCACAACAAGAUCUGUCUUUUCCUGAUAUUUUGGAGAUACAGGAGUUUGAUGGUAGCCAGACCUUUUCGUCUUUACUGGUUCUCUUUGGGACAACUGCUAUAGGUAAAGACCAGGGGCUGAAAGGAGGUUCAAUUACUCCUGCUUCUAGAAAAUCUGAAAUAUUUUUCACUACUAUGGGCUACAAGGGCUCUCUCCAGUACACACAGCGUGGGUGCCCCCUGUCGACAAACAUCGUACCCAGUUGGCUAGCUGUCAAUAUUGUUGGUUCUGCAUCCUCCAUUGCCACUGCAUUAUUGGCAGGUGCGAAUACCAAAGAUUCAGCCUAUUCCAGUAGCCUGGGGCACCUUGUACAGAGUAGUGUUUUAUCAACAAGUUUGCAGAUACUAAUCCUUGUGUUGCUGAAUGAUCCUAUUUUGCUGCAGUAUUGUUCACUGAACUUGUCAUUGAGCUGUGGGGUCCUGCUUGUGCAAAAAAUAAAAGUGUUUGAGUCAGCUAAAAUGUUUGACAAUAACAUAAGAGUACAACUUUGCAAACACAUUCUGAAUACACUAAUGUGCCAAGAGCAGCAUACAUUUGCAGAAAGUCGUUCUGAAAACAAAAUACAAGAAACAGGAGCUAUGCAACUGUUUGAACAACCUUACUACUCAUAUCGACCUCAUGUGACAAGCACAUUGGAUAGACAUCAGUACUCAUCACGUUCAGGUAGUGGGACAGGUCUCAGUACGUCCACGGGCCGUGCCAGUUCCAUGCGACGCAUGCGUCAUUUGUUGGAUCUGGAAUCACGACAUAUCCCAAAUCCCUCUCCAACAAGGACUCAAGAUCCUCGCUCUCAUCUGCUGGAUAUAAAUCCUGCAGAAUUUCUUAAGUACAAAAUGGACAAACCAGUCACCGCUCUUGGCAGUGAACCAAAUGCCCCAGCAGAGCCUGGAAUCAGUGGACUGCUCUGGGUACAUCUUCUGGCUGGCAGAGGUCUCCGUGCCACUACCUCAACCUCAGCUGCUUCGACGCCAUCUGGGACCUCUGCUAUUGGAGGCAAUGCUACUUCAGGACUGAGAGAUUUAUAUUGUGUUCUGGAAUGUGAUCGGGUACAUAAAGCAAGAACUGUUGUAAGGACAGGAGAUCUUGUGUUUGACUGGGAUGAAACAUUUGAGUUAGAUUUGGUUGACAACAGAGAACUAGAUUUCCUAAUAUAUUCAUGGGAUCCUCAGUAUAGGCACAAGCUGUGCUACAAGGGCUCUGUUCACUUGGCAACACUCCUACGAGAAUCUCCAAUCCACCAGCUUGCCUUAAAAAUAGAACCUCGUGGUACACUGUACUUACGCUUGAGGCAUACUGAUCCUCACCAGACUUUUAAACGGCGUGGCCCUGUUGGCCUGCACUUACUCGGCCGUCCUGGAGGCAAAGUUCUGUCUGGAGCAACUUCAGGAGCUCUGUUUGGAGCAGAUCUGGAGACAGUUGUUAACCGAGAAAAUCUAACAGGUGGUGUGCCUGGUGGUGUAGCUACAAGCGUGACAAUUGCCACACAAGCAAGUUCAUCAGUUCCCAUAAUCAUUCGGCGAUGUGUGGAGGAAGUAGAGAGAAGAGGUCUAGAUAUCAUUGGCUUGUACAGAUUAUGUGGUUCAGCUAGUAAGAAGAGAAUACUCAGAGAAGCAUUUGAACGCAAUGCCAGAACAGUAGAUCUGUCACCUGACAAUGUUCCUGAUAUUAAUGUCAUUACAGGUGUUCUUAAAGACUAUCUACGUGAACUUCCUGAGCCACUUUUCACAAAAUGUUUAUAUCAAAUGAUGGUUGAUGCUUUAAGUGUGUGUCUACCUGAUGAUCCAGAAGGAAAUGCAAAGCUUAUGUUUUCAAUUUUGGAUUGCCUCCCAAAAGUGAACAGGUGCACUCUGAUUUUCUUGAUGGAUCACCUGGCAUUAGUGGUGUCACAGUCAGAGCGUAAUAAAAUGUCUCCUCAGAACUUAGCAAUUUGCUUUGGUCCUGUUUUGAUGCUACAAUCAGAAGAAGGGCGAGAACUUGACUUCAAUCAACCAAUUAAUGUUCUACGAUAUCUGCUGGAGAUUUGGCCAAGCAAGUCAGUUCGGGAGGUCUUUGCGCCUUCACCUCAUCUGCUGGCAUCCUCCCAAGCAUCAUCUCUGCCUCCAUCACGUCUCCAGCCAGUGAUAAAAGCAGCCCCAGCAGUCACUUCUUCAGCAGGAGGGGGCCUGUGGUCCCUCGGUCGUGGAGUGCGAGCUACGACAGUCUCAAGAGGAAGGAAACCUCCAGAGACAUCUCAUCCACAACAGCAAGUAGUAAUCGUCUCAUCACCAGACUCUCCGACAAGUGAGGAAUCGUCACCUUCACCAUCACCUGAAUCAGAGGUGAAGAAGGCGGUGCCACCAUUAACACUUCAGCAACGGACGAGCACGUUGCGGAAAAGCUCCUCUGUGAAGAAGUCUGGAGGAUUCCCAGGAAGUCUGGUAGGUGCUGACAGCUUGCUCACUCCUGCAGGCAGGAGUGUGGGGGGAGAAUCUCUUGGAAAUUUAACAGAAGACCAACAGCAACAUCAAAUUCAGACACCUACAUCUUCCACAACAACAGAAGAUUCCAGAAAAGAAGGAGGAAGAGAGGCGGAUGAAGAAGGGAGUGAUGAAGUUAAAGAAGAAGAUGGCGAUGAUGAAGAUGGCACGUGUAUCGAAGAUAUUCGUGCCACACGAGUGGAAGAAGAAUAGCAGAGCAAGAAAUGAGAGAAAUUGAGUAUGUAUGAAAGAUAAAACUGUUCUUAUGUACACAUUUAUUCUAAUACACAAUGUAC